GAACACUCCACCUCCUCCUCUUCCUCCCAACUCCUCACUCCCUCUGCCCCCGCCGCCCACCCUGCUCUCCACCUUUACCUUGGCUCCUCCCUCGGCGGCUGCCAGCACCCUUCCCUCGCAGCCCCAGUGCCCUUCCUCCCUAGCGCUCCUCUCCCUCCUCCACCCCUUCCCCCAACACCCCUCCCUUCUGUCCUCCUCUUCCCUCCCCCCUCCGUUCCUUUGCUUCCACUUUCCAUCACCGAAUCCCGGUCGCCGUCCCUCCAGAUCAACACCUGCCCACCUUGCCCCGCCCUGCCCCCGCCGGUGACCCCACUCCUAGAGCCCCCUGCCCCCACCUCUCCCAGUCCGGGGGGCCCUGUUGCUCCCCUCCUGCUUCCUCGGUCCCUCCUCCCUCCCGGGCCCAGCUUUCCCGCUCCCUCCCCGUCUUUUCCUCUCCCCUCCCUGCGAAGUUUCGGAGCUGUCAGUCUGUCAGUCUUUCGGGCAGUCCGCACCCGAGCUGCAGGGAGCGGGCGCCAUUGUGGGCAGAGCCGGCGGGGCAGGAGGCCGGGACGCCGGGGUCCCGGCAGCGGGGAGACGCGGCCGUCCCGCCAGGGUCUGUGGCCAGGUCCCCAGGAGGAGCUACUCCAGGUUGCCAUGAGAGAGAACUUCGAGGGCCUCAGCUCCCUGGGUUUCUCUGUGGGACAGCCAGAGAUGGCCCCCCAAAGUGAGCCUGGGGAAGGAUCCCACAAUACUCAGAAGCAGAUGUCCCCUUCCAGGGAAGAAAGAGCCUCCGGCACAUGCUCAGGGCAUGAGGCCCCCAGACUUGAGGACGGUGGCCAGACUGCCCAAGGAGAGGCUCCCUUCAAUGGGGGAAAGUCAUGCCCACCACAGAAGGGUGAAUCUGUGGGCUCUUGUGCAGGAGAAGAGUGGAUGAUUCGAAAGGUGAAAGUGGAGGAUGAGGAUCAGGAGACAGAAGAGGUCGAAUGGCACCAGCAUCUCUCCUUGCUCCCUGGCCCUUUCCCCGCCCCUGACCUGGGGCCUCUGGCCACCGCGUAUAAGCUGGAGCCGGGGGCCCCAGGGGCACUGGGUGGGCUCACAUUGUCCGGGUGGGCCCCGAACUCUGAGAAGCCCUACGGCUGCGGGGAGUGCGAGCGGCGCUUCCGGGACCAGCUGACCCUGCGGCUGCACCAGAGGCUGCACCGUGGCGAGGGCCCCUGCGCCUGCCCGGACUGCGGCCGCAGCUUCACGCAGCGUACCCACAUGCUGCUACAUCAGCGCAGCCACAACGGCGAGCGGCCUUUUCCGUGCUCCGAGUGCGACAAGCGCUUCAGCAAAAAGGCCCAUCUGACCCGCCACCUGCGCACGCACACGGGCGAACGACCCUACCCGUGCGCGGAGUGCGGCAAGCGCUUCAGCCAGAAGAUACACCUGGGCUCGCACCAGAAGACGCACACUGGGGAACGGCCCUUCCCCUGUACGGAGUGCGAGAAGCGCUUUCGCAAAAAGACGCACUUGAUCCGACAUCAGCGUAUCCACACCGGCGAGAGGCCCUACCAGUGCGCGCAGUGCGCACGCAGUUUUACGCAUAAGCAACACUUGGUGCGGCACCAAAGGGUUCACGAGGCCGCCAGCCGGGCCCCGCCCUCACCCCAGGCGCCAGCCUUGCCCCCUUCCCUCACCCCAUCCCCGACACCUUCCCCUCCUGGGCCUAAGCCCUUCGCUUGCUCCGACUGCGGCAUGAGCUUCGGCUGGAAGAAGAACCUCGCCACGCACCAGCGUCUGCACCGCAGCGAGGGACGCCCCUUUGGGUGCGACGAGUGUCUGCUGCGUGCCUCCGUGGACCCUGCCGCUGCCGAGCCUUCUUCCUGUGCGCACAGCGGGCAGGGCUGUGGUCCGAGUUCGGACUCAGCAGCGCUCCAGCGCGCUCCCGCGGGAGAGCGAUCCUUUUACUGCCCGGAUUGCGGGCGUGGCUUCGCCCACGGGCAGCAUCUAGCGCGGCACCGGCGAGUGCACACUGGUGAACGGCCCUUCUCCUGCGCGCAGUGUGGCCGCCGCUUCGGCUCGCGGCCCAAUCUGGUCGCCCACUCCAGGGCCCACACCGGCGCAAGGCCUUUCGCCUGUACCCAGUGCGGUCGCCGCUUCAGCCGUAAGUCGCACUUGGGCCGCCACCAGGCGGUGCACACGGGCAGUCGCCCCCAUUCCUGCGCCGUCUGCGCCCGUAGCUUCAGCUCCAAAACCAACCUGGUCCGUCACCAGGCGAUCCACACGGGCUCCCGCCCUUUCUCCUGUUCGCAGUGCGCCAAGAGCUUCAGCCGCAAGACCCACCUGGUGCGGCACCAGCGCAUCCACGGCGAAGUCGCGCACCCGGCCUCCGACGCAGAUCUCUCGUCUCCAGCCUGGCCCACUCCCACCGACGUGGCACCACCCCAGCUUUUCUUCUGAGCCUCAUUCCCUCCCAGACUCUGCCUUCUUUUGCACACUGUUUAGAGGGACCGGUGCUCCCAGGCCCUCAGGGCUGCUGCUGAAGGCCUGGACCCCUGAUGGGCCUUUUCCUUACCUCACUAACUUGCUGGUGGGACUGG